GGCGUCUUCCAUUUAGAACGCGGCGUUUCUAAUGCCAAUGCGGCACCGCUCAAUUCGAUUGACCCUCCGAGCGCUGUCGCGUUUUUUCGUCGGUAUCCAUCAUGGAACAACCAGUGCCUCAAAUUAAAAUUCUACCAGAUUGGUCGGACAUGGAUGCCGCUGCUGAACCGAAAGCCGGCGACAAGAUUCAGAGAUGCGGCCCUCAAAAGCCCCCACCUUAUAGAAGGAUGAGUAUAUUGAUGUUAGAAGAUAGGACCGACAAUUUUGAAAACGUAUUCGCCACAUCCGAUAAUAUGGACAAAAGGAAAAUGGCAUACGAGAAUCAGAACGGUAUAAGAAACGAACCCGAUAUGAUAUCCAAUAAAUCGAGUGUCAUCGGGAAGCGCCAUGUAAAUAACGAGGACUGUCAAGACAGGUCAUGGUGGUACGUAUUUUGCAUAAAAUGCCGCUCGCGAGAGUCUCAUCCUUCGUGGCAACCGAUGUGUUGGCGAAAAUUUUGCCCUUAUCCGUUUUGUCCGACCUACAGACAAUUCUCCAGAGUUAUAUCAUUAAUUAUAAUAGGAUUUUUAUCCUGGUGCGUGAUUUAUUCUUUGGUCGGAGACACGGCGACCCCGCCAAACGGAAAACUAUUUCAGCUGAUACUGAUUAGUAUAUCGUCCUAUUUGGUGGGAUGGGUUCUCAGUCUGACGACCCUUCCUGCACUCAUAGGGAUGCUAUUUACGGGUCUGUUUUUGCAGAACGUCGGCAUCGUCAAUCUGGACGAGUCUUUUUUCGAAGUGGCUAAUCGAAUUCGCCACGGCGCUUUAGUUAUUAUUCUGAUACGUGCGGGGCUAGAUUUAGACCCGAAGGCCCUUUGGCGUUUAAAGUUCAUAGUAGUAAGACUGAGUCUAAUUCCUUGGCUGAUUGAAGCUGUGGUAUGUGCCUUGGCCACGAGAUACCUCCUGGGAAUGGCGUGGAGAUACACCAUUCUGCUUGGUACUAUCAUAGCCGCUGUAGCUCCUGCAGUGGUCGUACCUUGCCUUUUUAGAUUAAGAAGUAAAGGUUAUGGUGUGACUAAAGGAAUACCCACGCUAAUCAUAGCAGUCGCUGGUAUAGACGAUGCGUUAUCGGUCGCUGGCUUCGGUAUAAUCAAAAGCGUAACCUUUUCAAACAGUUCUCUUACUUCUUUGGUCCUCCAAGGACCCGUGUCUAUUUUAGGCGGAUUUUGUUUUGGUAUUGCUUUCGGUUUGUUAUUGAAAUAUGUACCAGAAAGGAACGAUAAAUUUUUGGUGCCGUUUAGAGUAAUAAUGCUCUUAGCAGCCGGCAUGGCCGCGAUCUAUUUCAGCGACCAUUUGGGAUAUGGCGGCGCAGGUCCUCUGGGGGCCGUGGUGGCAGCAUUCGUCGCUUUGAAAUUCUGGACUGUACAAGGUUGGAGUAUCGAGGAGAAUCCAGUCUCUACGGCCUUCGAGAUAUUCUGGAUGAUAGUCGAACCUGUUCUAUUUGGGAUCACUGGCGCGCAAAUGAGACUUAAUGAACUGAAGGGGUCUGUGGUUAUGAUCGGUUUCGGAAUAGUGGUCUUGGGUGUAGCGGUACGGAUUGUGGGCACGAUGAUUAUUGGAAUUGGCUGCAAUCUCAACUUGAAGGAGAAGAUAUUUUGCGCUCUAGCUUGGAUGCCCAAAGCUACUGUCCAGGCAGCUCUCGCACCGAUUGUACUCUCCGAGAUCACGGACACGACCUCGGAGGAAUAUAAGUGGGCCAAGAAGAUUAUCGUGAUUUGUAUCUUGUCCAUCAUGUUCACAACAACCACCGGGGCCACCCUGGUGUCUCUUUUGGGAACUAAACUGCUGAGAAAAACGAAAUUCGCUGUCGAACCCGAUCUAUGGAGGAGGUCGCAUCGACCUUCCGUUAGGGACAUCAGCAUAUUCGAUGAAGACGAGGAGGAAAAAGAAGCAGACGACGCUGAAAACAACUCGGUGAUUACGUUACCCGAGAAUACCACGUCGACAGUUCAAAUAAACAAAAUAGAAUGAAUUGCUGAUUAUAUGUGAUGAAAUGGUGAAUUAGCUAAGCUGUAAUUUAUUUUGAUAUUAUUGUUAUAGUUAGUCUAUAAAAGAUCCUUCAGGAUCUGUAAAUAAAUGUGGACUCGCACAAUAUCAAUUGAACGUAGUAAUUGAACUUAAACUUAACUUCUAGUGUGAUCCGUAUUUCGGAAUCUACUACACUCCGGCUGCAAAUUUAGCCUAUUGAUUUUUCAGGAAUUCCUCGCGCCUUUGUCCUAGACUUUCUACUCAUCUAUUUCGAUUUUGGUACUCUGUUACUGUUAGUAAUAAUGAAUUAAUCUCAAGGUCGGCAACAAAUGGCAAAAAUACCCAUUAUAAUGGUCCCAGCCUAAUAUUCUAGAAAGAUUGAUCCAAAAACCUUGAAGAAAAUAAGAUUUCCCAUGGUGCCGGUUGCCCAAAUCUUGCAACCUCGCAUUUAUUAAAUUAAAAUAAGAAAAAAAACUGUUUCAAUGGAUUCGUUAUUUUAUCUAUUAACACUACAAAGAAUUGGAACCUCAACAAUUAUUUAAUUCAGUAUUAGUAUUGUGAAAAUUUAGUUUAAUACCUCCAGAUAUGAAAUGUGAAGUAUUAUUUGUCUGCUAAAACGACAAAAGCCUCCUGAUUAAUUUUUGGAACAAACACUGUUAAUUUCAACGCCAAUUGAUCACCAAUAGUUUAAUUAAUCCAAAUUACAAAACAAGGUAACUCACCAGUGCAACCUACUUCUUCAAGCAACGCAAAACAAAAUGGCUAACUUGUUCGAAAGUUCAUCAUUUUCUAUGUUCAUAAUCUACACGCGUUUUUCAAUAAAUCACAGUUUUAUUUUUUAUUCAUUCGGCAGUAGUAGCGAACAGCAUCUCCAGUUUAACCUUAAGUAGUAAUUGUCUUUACCAAACCAGCUACAAAAACUUCCAGUUUAUGAUUUUACAUUGACUGCACUCACAUUACAUUGUAUGAAAUUUCGAAAAAAGCAGUAGUACAGUGUCGGUGAUAAUUCAAAAUAAACUAUGAUUUACAAAAAAAUUGUUUAUUUCGUCGAAAGAAAAAAUUCUUCUCCAAAACUUUUACUCCCACAAAAUAACUAUAGUCUCAAUCUCGGCAUGUUCAUAGGGUUAUUGCAAUGCUCUCAUAUGACGGUGUUUCGCUCUUUAGAAAAUAAGUGGCGCGGCGAGUAUCGUUUCAGAAAUCAUAAAAAUAAAUUGUACAUCUUCACUCGCCCUUAACAAAGAGUGUUAGUUUUAAUUUUAUAUUUGUAAUCCAAGAUUGUUUACUUUUAUUUGUUAGACAGAGUUAACCUAACCAAAAGUCAUGACUGUUCCGAGAGCUAUGUAAUUAGAUCUAGUGUGUGUCCAUGUCCAUAAAAGGGUUUGUUUACUAUUUUUUAUUCUUGUAGUUUGGUGUGUCCCAUAUUGUUACUGAAAUAAAAUUACAUUUGAUGAGUAGUCAUACUUAGAACUAUAAAGGCUAAUUUGUUUAUCGUCCAUCAAAGAUUUUUAUUUCUUGUUACCAAAUAACUGAAACUACAGUUUUCAAAAAAACCCAACAACAUAACACAUAGACGUCAAUUUUCGUUAGUUUUGUAUCACAACCACGUACCAAAUAAAUAGCCAAUUUAAUUAAUGUUCCGAUCAUUUGACAACGUAAUCGACCGUUGUCAAAUGAUGGGACAUUUCACAGCCAACGCGAUUAU